AUGGAUGGCAAUGCAACUACUUCAUCACACAGCUGGACAAUCAAGACAAAGGACAAUACUGAAAUCAAACGCUAUGAGCCACCUCCACCAGCAGCAACCUUGACCGACCCCUUUGAAGAUCGCUUGAAAGCAUUCAUCAAUGACACCACCACGCGCACCAUGGUCACUGAACUGCACUCUCGUUCUGUCACUGAAUUGAAUCGUCGUCAUUUGGAACGCCAAGCACGCAAGAGCAACGGCAAUAUCACCGUGCCAGCACAAACACGUCCCAAAACGCCAACCGAAGAGACCACCACCAACACGACAGCUGUUAUAGAAGAAGAGCAACAACAAGAACAAAAGCAACAGCAACAACAACAUCCCUAUCAGUUCUUGGAUGUGAGUACGUUGACAAGUGUGGAUCAAAAAGCGUGGCAUACGAAUAUACGUAAAGAUACGGGCAUCAAUUAUCCUCAUCGAUGGCUUCGGCUGGCGAGUUUAUUCAGUGUACAAAGCAGGACAUUGCGUCAACCCAGCUUUUUGACACCAGCAUGUGAACGGGCAGCAUUGCAGGAUUUGGAUAGUCAACCUUCGGUCAUGGAUAAUUACCUCAAGAUUAGAGAUGUCCAAAAUCGUAAUUAUGCGGUUGAAGCUGUACAAGAAGGCAUCAAGGAGUUUGAAAAGAAGAAUCUAUCAAGUGCCAUGGAAUGUUACAAGCGUGCAAUGGAUAUGGAUGGGAAAUACGCAGAGGCUUAUUACCGUGUAGCCGAGGUCAUGCUUCAUGAAAACAAGCGGCGACAAGCAUUGGAACGUUUGGAGUAUGCAUUGCGAUUGGAUCCACAACAUGAAGGUGCAAAGGCAUUAAGGGACACAUUGGUGAUACGGAAACGGGAUGAGCGAUCACAUUCUGAAGGCAAUGCAAGUCGACGUUUACCACGAUCCGCAAGCCGGCAUGAUGAUGAUGAUGAUGAUGAUGAUCAACGUGAAAAGCGCCGGGAUGAUUAUCGACCGCGAAAUGGAUAUGAGGAUGAUCGUGGGAGCAGGGGUAGCAGCAGCCAUCGUUCAAGACGGCGAUAUCAUGAUCAUCGACAUCGAUCUCGACGACGUGAGGAUAAAGAAGAAAAAGAGGUCGAGGAGGAUGAUCGUAGAUCUCAACGACCACGUGAAAAAGAGGCCAUGGAUCAAGAAAAGGAUCGUCAUCGUCGUCGUCGUAGACAAAGUUUUGACGCAUCGGAUCACGAAGACCAUCGUAAAAGCCAUCGACGAAGGAAACGAGAUGAAUAUGAAGAGAUGGAUCGGCAUAGACGACAUCAUCGACGUCAUGAUGAAGAGGAUGAGGACGAUAGAAGAAGAGGAAGAAGCCAUCGACAUCAUCGACGCCAUCAUGAUCGAUCCAGUGAACGUCGGCAUCGAAGAAGAAGAGAUGAUGGGGAUGAUGGUGAGGAUCGCUAUAGUCGCAGGAAAAGACGUCAUUCUCCUCCUGAUCAUGAUCGCCGUUCCCCAAGACGACGUGUGGAUCGUUCCAAGUCGCAGCCCACAACACCGUGA